CCGCCGCGCCCCCGCCGCCGCUCCAGGGCCGCCCGGGACCCCGCUCCGCCAGCCGGGUAAUCAAGCCCCGUGGACUUUCUCUGAAGAGAUUCCAAAAUAGGUGCUGCUGAACCCAGACCCAGAAGAGGAUGGGGAAGCAGAACAGCAAGCUACGCCCCGAGGUGCUCCAGGACCUGCGUGAGAACACUGAGUUCACAGACCAUGAGCUGCAGGAGUGGUACAAGGGCUUCCUAAAAGAUUGCCCCACGGGCCAUUUGACUGUAGAAGAGUUUAAAAAAAUAUACGCAAAUUUUUUUCCGUACGGCGACGCGUCGAAGUUUGCGGAGCACGUCUUCCGCACCUUUGACACCAACGGCGACGGGACGAUCGACUUUAGGGAAUUCAUCAUCGCCCUGAGCGUCACCUCCCGGGGCAAGCUGGAGCAGAAGCUGAAGUGGGCGUUCAGUAUGUACGACCUGGAUGGCAACGGGUACAUCAGCCGUGGGGAAAUGCUAGAAAUAGUGCAGGCAAUUUACAAAAUGGUUUCAUCAGUAAUGAAAAUGCCAGAGGAUGAAUCCACUCCUGAGAAGAGAACAGACAAGAUCUUCAGACAGAUGGACACAAACAAUGACGGUAAACUGUCGCUGGAAGAGUUCAUCAAAGGUGCCAAGAGCGACCCCUCCAUCGUGCGGUUGUUACAGUGCGACCCCAGCAGCGCGAGUCAAUUCUGAUAAUCGGACAGUGCGCUCAGAGAGUCCCGGCUCGUGUCCUUCAAGCUUUGCUCGCAAACGGAUGCCUUCUCAACCGUCCCUCACACUCGGCGGGUCAGACCCGUCGCCAGACCGUGUGUGCGUGUGCGUGUCCGAGCGAACCGGCCCCGGCUCCCCACUAACACCAGUGCAGCUCUCCCGCGGCAGCUCCGCCCCUGCUCCCCGUAACGUCACCGUUCACUCUGCACAUUUCAAACAUUCGUCGGAAGGUUUGUUUACAUGCAGCUACGAGAGAGUUCGAUGGCUGGUGAGAUACCACUUCACUUAGUCCGUGAGAAAGGUGAUGUUUCCAUAGUUCCCGAGAAGAUGCUAGGUAGGACUUUUACCCAAAAUAGCAGAUGGUAGAUAAUUUAUUUUGCUUCAGAAAUUACUAUGUUGAAAAAAUAAAUUAAA